GCAAAGCCACCUUGCCAAGAAAUUUUGAAGUGUUAAUCGAAGAUGGAAGAUUCCUUCCUGUGCCAGUGCCUCAAGGACAGCCCGGACCCAGAGGCAGUGAGGAAGACACAGAAUAAAGGAAAGCUACCAAGGAGCGAAAUAACAUUUUUACCCCAGUUACCAGCGAGCCGGUCCAAGCCAUUGUGGCAAUCAGCCUCGCCCUCUUUCUUUCUACAGACAGAAGAUGAGGAUGAACAAUGUGACUCACUAAGGGUUUCUCUACCCCAAAAACGCAAACGAAACAAAGCUUGGGAAUCAGGAGCUUCUGUUAGCAGCACAAAUCGGUCAAUCCAUGAUGGAGCUUCCCAGCCAAAAAAGGACCGUGAGCAAUUUAGAAGUGCUCUAGUUAAUAUAAUUAUGCAGCAAGAAUGUGCAGCUAGACAGCCUCCUCCUUUGGAUGAAACAGAACCUUCAACAGCUGGACAUCCUUCUGCAGCGGAGAAAGACAUUCUUAGGUAUUACUACUACAUUAACCAUGGAAUAGACACUGAACAUGUAGCUCCUUUGGAAGACAGCUGGUUGGAGGUUGUUUUGUCCUUGGUGCCAUUACGUCUCAAAACAUACACUGAAGUUAUUGAAUCGCUUUCAGAUGAGAUGAAAGAAGAUUAUCUUCUAAGUGUAAAGAAGGCAAUAGUGGACUUUGUUUUAAGAGACUCCAGAGAGAAAGAGGAAGAAAAGAAAGAACUCCCUAGUCAUCGUGCAGAGUUGGAAAUAGUACCAAAACCAUGGAACAAGUCAUUUUUGUUGGCACAAAAAUUCAUCAAGGCAAACCUAAAUUCAAUAAAUCCCACCAUGUUGGCUGUUUUGGAUCUCUGGCAAUGUUCUUUUAAAGAUUUAAGGUUCAUUGAUGCCAAAGAAUUUCGUAAUCGUAAGGAAUCAAUGGAGCUAACUACAUUCCAGGUCUUAUUUAUGAGACACAUUGAAUCAGCAAAGGAGCAACUCCUUAAAAAAUGGUUUCCUGAAGUUCAAAAUAUUUAUUACCUGGGAAAUAAGCGGAGACAGGUUCCCAGUGGUACUGACAGUGCCAAGCUACAGUCUUUUUUCAAUUGUGCUGCGACUCUGAUGACAUCACAACUGCAAAGUUUAACAUUAAAUUCCAUUCAGGACUAUACUGAUUUAAUUGUGCAACGGCCGGAUUCUAUUCGUGUUUAUGAACAUCCAGGCUUUAUUAUGCGUCUAAUCCUAAAAAAUAAUGCUAUCCAAUUUGAACCAGAGUUCAAGGAUUUUGAACUACUGUUCUUGAGCGUUUAUGAUGUCAUGCUCAAAACAGUGAAUUUAGUGCCAAGAGUUGAGACAAAACUGUACACUGAAUGGACUAACGUUAAGAGCACCCUAAGACCAAUAAUCUUAGAUGAAAUCUUAGAGGAACACAAAAGGAAAGUUAUAGAGGUUGUUGCCAAAGAAAGUUUGGGGCCCCAAGAACAUACAAAACUAUAUGAUAAGUAUACCAUGCUGAUAAGUAGGCAAGCUGACUUAGAUGUGGAACAAUUUCUAAAUGAAGAACAUACAUUUGAAGAGACAGCACAGGAAAUAAUUAAGUAUCAGAAACUGAAAGAAGAAAUUCAAUACAACUCUCGAAAGGUUGUUCGCCUGGGAAUGUUUGAGGUGCACUGUGAUGAACUCAUAAGGGCUCUUGUCAGACGAGCAGAAGCAUUGUUUGAGAAACUUCUGACUAGGAUAAGCAAGUAUCAUUCGGAUGCAAAUAAAGCGCUAUGUCUCGAAUUUGAGAAAAUAGCAGAGAAAGCCUUAACAACACCUCCAAACACAGAAGCACUAAUGGAACUGAAGGCUUACGUGCAAAAAGUUGAAGUGAAAGACAUGGCUGAACUUGAGCUGAAGCUGACUGAAGCAAAAAAUCGUCUGGGUUUUCUUGUCGACUAUGUUACACUUUCCCCAAGUGACAUACGAUUAAACAAUCGAACAUUUCAGUGGAGUGGACGAAUGACAGAGAUUUUUGAGGAGCACAAAAGGAUGGUUUCGGAAAAAGAAGAACUGUAUCAACAAGGACUCAAGCUUCGUAUUGAGAGAUUUCAGGAAGAAAUUGAAACCUAUGCCAAGCAAGCAGAAGAAUUUGCCAGUUUUUCAGAAUUGUCAGAUGUUGGUCGCUACUUAAGAAAGGCUCAAACAUUAAAUGCAAAGCUGAAUCAAGCCUUAGAGAAGAUUGAUCAGAUUAAUGCAGAAGAACAAGCAUUUGGAUGGCCUGAAUCUCAGUAUCCUCAGCGUAAACAUACCAGCGAUAUCCUUCAACCAUAUUUAAGGUUGUAUGAAAUCAUUGUAGAGUUCAAUAACAAAUAUAAUAGUUGGAUGGAAGGACCAUUUACAGAGGUCAACCCAGAUGAGGUAGAAACAGAUGCAGGAAACUACUGGCGUGGUCUAUACAAGCUGGAACGGACUUUCACAGACUCACCAAGUGCAUUAAAAAUUGCCCAUGCUGUUAGGAAAAAGGUUGAGGAAUUUAAAGAACAUAUUCCCCUAGUUCAAGUCCUUUGCAACCCUGGUUUGCGUGAUCGACACUGGGAUGCCUUAUCUGAAAUUACAGGCUUCCCGCUAAAGCCUGCUCCAGACACAACAGUUACCAAACUUCUCACAAUGAAUCUUGAACCUUUCUUAGCUCAGUUUGAGGGCAUAAGUGAGGCUGCUGCCAAAGAAUAUUCACUGGAAAAAGCCAUGAAAAAGAUGAUAAGUGAGUGGGACACAAUGGAAUUUACUCUCCUUCCAUACCGAGAAACAGGAACAUACGUACUUUCAGCUGUUGAUGAUAUCCAGAUGUUGCUAGAUGAUCACAUUGUGAAGACCCAGACGAUGCGUGGAUCUCCUUAUAUACAGCCAUUUGAAAAAGAGAUCAGAUCAUGGGAAAGUACACUGUUGCUGCUGCAGGAGAUAAUGGAUGAAUGUUUAAAAGUGCAAGCAACUUGGCUUUACCUGGAACCAAUUUUCAGUUCCCCUGACAUCAUGGCCCAGAUGCCCGAAGAGGGAAGACGAUUUACUACUGUAGAUAAGACCUGGAAAGAACUUAUGAAACAAGUUUUAAUGGAUACACAUGUUCUGGCAGUGGUAUCCAUAGAUAAAAUGUUAGAAAAACUGAAAAAAUCAAACGGCCUGCUGGAGUUGAUUCUAAAAGGACUCAAUAACUACUUGGAAAAGAAGCGCCUUUUUUUCCCGCGAUUUUUCUUCUUAUCUAAUGAUGAGUUGCUGGAGAUCCUUUCGGAAACCAAAGAUCCUACCAGAGUACAGCCUCAUUUGAAGAAGUGCUUUGAGGGUAUUGCAAAAGUUCAGUUUACUGAUAUCUUGGAAAUAACACACAUGAAGAGCAGUGAAGAUGAAGUGGUGGAACUUGUUGACGUAAUUUCUACAGCAAAAGCUAGAGGUCAAGUGGAAAAAUGGCUUCUAGAACUUGAGUCAGCCAUGACAAGAUCCAUUCACAAGGUUAUUGGUCAAGCGAUCGAAGCUUAUCCAAAUACUCCACGCAUGGAUUGGGUGAGAAACUGGCCUGGUCAGACAGUACUGUGCGUCUCGCAGUUGUUUUGGACACAAGAGGUUCAACAUUCUAUUAAAGCAGGCCAACAGGCUCUUGAGAUUUAUCUGGAUCAGAAUAAUAAGCAAAUUGAUGAUAUUGUGACCUUGGUCCGGGGAAAACUAUCCAAGCAGAAUCGUACUACUCUUGGUGCUUUAGUUGUGUUGGAUGUACAUGCCAGAGAUGUCUUGGCAGUUCUGGUAAAGAAAAAAAUCAAUAAUGAAAAUGAUUUUGAAUGGUUGAGCCAGCUAAGGUACUAUUGGGAGGAAAAUGAACUUCAGACAAAAAUGAUCAAUGCAGGUUUACCCUAUGGCUAUGAAUAUCUUGGAAACACCCCCAGACUUGUUAUCACUCCACUCACAGACAGAUGCUACAGAACGUUGUUUGGUGCAUUAAAUCUACAUCUUGGAGGGGCACCAGAGGGACCAGCUGGCACUGGUAAGACUGAGACAACUAAAGAUCUGGCAAAAGCUGUAGCCAAGCAGUGUGUGGUUUUCAACUGCUCAGAUGGAUUGGACUAUAUUGCUCUCGGAAAAUUUUUCAAGGGAUUGCUGUCCUGUGGUGCUUGGGCAUGCUUUGAUGAAUUCAACAGAAUUGACCUGGAAGUGCUUUCUGUUGUUGCUCAGCAAAUUCUAACGAUCCAAAGAGGGAUUGGAGCUGGUUCAACUACACUGGUGUUUGAAGGAACUGAACUGAAACUUAACCCAACCUGUGCUGUCUUCAUCACUAUGAAUCCAGGUUAUGCUGGUCGUUCAGAGUUACCAGACAACCUUAAGGCUCUCUUUAGAACAGUGGCUAUGAUGGUACCAGACUAUGCCAUGAUUGCAGAGAUUGUACUUUACUCUUGUGGUUUUGUCAACGCUCGACCACUAUCGGUUAAAAUUGUAGCCACCUAUCGACUUUGUUCAGAGCAAUUAUCAUCACAGCAUCAUUAUGAUUACGGUAUGCGUGCAGUGAAAUCCGUCUUAACUGCUGCAGGAAAUAUUAAGCUUAAGUACCCAACGGAAAAUGAAGAGAUUUUACUCCUACGAUCAAUUAUUGAUGUUAACCUCCCCAAAUUCUUGUCUCAUGAUUUGCCACUCUUUGAGGGAAUCACUUCAGAUUUGUUUCCUGGAAUAAAAUUGCCAAAACCUGACUAUCGUAUCUUGCUGGAAGCAAUCAAAGAGAAUUGUGAACGCAUGAAUCUACAAAUGACUGACUUCUUCUCACAGAAGAUCUUACAAAUCUAUGAAAUGAUGAUUGUGCGUCAUGGCUUUAUGAUUGUUGGAGAACCAUUUGGUGGAAAAACAUCAGCAUACAGGGUUCUGGCAGCUGCUUUACACGAUAUUUGUGAGAAGGGGCUAAUGGAGGAAAACAAAGUUCAGAUUACGGUGAUUAAUCCUAAAGCCAUUACUAUGGGUCAACUGUAUGGCCAAUUUGAUAAAGUCUCGCAUGAAUGGUCAGAUGGAAUACUGGCUGUUAGCUACAGAGCCUUUGCAGUUUCUUCUACCCCAGAUAGAAAAUGGUUAAUCUUUGAUGGACCAGUUGAUGCAGUCUGGAUUGAGAAUAUGAACACUGUGUUGGAUGAUAACAAGAAAUUAUGCCUGAUGAGUGGAGAAAUUAUUCAGAUGUCUCCCCAGAUGAGCCUUCUGUUUGAACCAAUGGAUCUGGAGGUUGCUUCACCUGCCACUGUUUCAAGAUGUGGCAUGGUUUACAUGGAACCUCUUAUGAUGGGGUGGAAGCCAGUAAUGGUAUCUUGGAUGAAUAAAAUGCCCGCUGGUGUUAGGCCCAUGCACAAGGAAUUAAUUGAAGGAUUGUUUGACAGAAUGGUGCCAGUUUGUCUCCAAUUUAUUCGAAAAGCAGCUAAGGAGCUAGCUCCUACUGCUGACAUAGGAUUAGUACGUUCACUAAUGAACCUAAUGGACUGUCUGAUGGAAGAAUUUACAGAUGCAGCCAAAAUCAAACAAAUGAAUGAACGGGAUAUUUGCUCAUGGCUUGAGGGAAUUUUCCUAUUUUCAUUAAUUUGGUCCAUUGGUGCUACCUCCAUGGAGGAAGAUCGAUUGAAGUUUGAUAAACUUGUACGCGAGAUAACUGAUGGACCUCUUACUGAAGACACAAGAACGCUAUUCAAUUUAUUUAUCCAGGUUGAUUCUCCAGCAAAACUUCCCACUGUUCCAAUUCCCAGCGAGGGAACUAUUUAUGACUAUAUGUUCAUUAAAGAGGGAUCAGGGAGAUGGGAACCAUGGGCAGAAUCAUUGAAUUCUGUUCCCCCCAUUCCAAAGGAUGUACAAUUCAAUGAAAUUAUAGUACCAACCAAGGAUACAGUUCGUUACAUGAAACUGAUGAAACUUUUGACAACAAAUCAGAAGCCUUCAAUAUUUGUGGGUCCAACUGGAACAGGGAAAAGCGUCUAUAUCAUUGAUUUCCUGUUACAUCAUCUGAACAAAGAUAUUUACACGCCAUUGCUGAUUAACUUUUCAGCUCAAACCACUGCGGCUCAGACUCAGAAUAUUAUCAUGUCUAAACUGGACAAAAGAAGAAAAGGAGUUUUUGGUCCCCCUCUAGGCAAAAAAAUGGUUGUAUUUGUGGAUGAUGUGAACAUGCCACAGCGAGAAGUCUAUGGUGCUCAGCCACCAGUUGAACUUCUCCGUCAGUGGUUAGAUCAUUGGAACUGGUAUGAUUUAAAGGACUGCAGUAUGAUUAAACUUGUGGACAUACAAAUUAUAUGUGCAAUGGGACCACCCGGUGGUGGUCGAAACCCAAUUACACCACGAUUCAUGAGGCACUUUAACACCGUGACUAUUAACGAGUUUGAUGACAAGACUAUGUAUGUCAUUUUCUCUCGGAUCCUUAACUGGCAGUUUCAUAUAAGGUUUACUUUCCCACCUGAAUUUGAAUCUCUGACUAAGCAGGUCAUUCGUGCCACUUUGUACGUUUACAAAGAAGCAAUGAAGAAUCUCCUGCCAACUCCAGCCAAGUCUCACUAUCUCUUUAAUCUGCGGGAUUUCUCCCGUGUUAUUCAAGGGGUGUGCCUUUCCAGUCCUCAGACAGCAGGAACUCCAGCUGCAAUUAAGCGCCUUUGGGUUCAUGAGAUUUUACGAGUCUAUUAUGAUCGCUUGGUGGAUGAUGGGGAUCGAGCUUGGCUUGUUGAAUGUCUCCAAUCCGUAAUGGGAAGCCAGCUGAAGGAGAACUUUGAUGAGCUGUUCAAACACCUGGACUUUAAUGGUGAUGGCAAAGUGAUGGAAGAUGAACUUCGCAGUCUCAUGUUUUGUGAUUUCAGUGACCCAAAAGGUGAAGACAAGGGAUAUAGGGAAGUCCUUGAUUUCACCAGUUUAAGGAAAGUGGUUGAGGCUCAUUUGGAUGAAUUUAAUAAUAUAAGUAAAAAGCCAAUGAAUCUGGUUAUAUUCAGAUUUGCAAUCGAGCAUGUCUGUCGAAUUUCCCGUAUUCUAAAGCAGCCACAUAGUCAUGCUCUUUUAGUGGGUGUUGGAGGCAGUGGCCGUCAGUCACUAACCCGGCUUGCAGCACAUAUGGCUGACUAUAUACUGUUUCAAGUGGAAAUUUCCAAGAGUUAUGGUUCUUAUGAAUGGCGUGAAGAUUUAAAACAAAUAUUCCGUAAGGCUACAGAAGGUGAAAUGCAAGGUGUCUUUUUAUUUACUGACACUCAGAUUAAACAAGAGUCAUUUCUAGAAGACAUCAACAAUUUAUUGAAUGCAGGAGAAGUGCCAAAUCUCUUUGCAGUAGAUGAGAAGCAGGAGGUUUGUGAACGCAUGCGUCUAAUUGAUCGUCAAAGAGAUAAAUCAAAACAGACUGAUGGGAGUCCAUUGGCACUUUUCAACAUGUUUAUUGAGCGCUGUCGUAAUCAGUUACAUGUGGUUUUAGCAAUGAGCCCAAUUGGAGAUGCUUUCCGCAACAGGCUGAGGAAGUUCCCUGCGCUUGUCAAUUGUUGUACCAUAAAUUGGUUUCAGUCUUGGCCAGAAGAUGCUCUGGAGGCUGUGGCAAAACGCUCACUGGGAGACAUUGAAAUGUCAGAGAAGAUACGUGUGUGCUGCAUUGAAAUGUGCAAAAGCUUUCAUACCUCAACGAUUGAAUUGUCUGAAACAUUCCAUACGGAGCUUCAGCGGUACAACUAUGUGACUCCCACUUCCUACCUGGAAUUGAUCUCCACAUUUCAAGCCCUUCUUGAAACAAAACGAACUGAUGUGCUGAAGAUGAAGAGAAGAUAUGAAAUUGGUCUAGAGAAACUAAACUCAGCUGCUUCUCAGGUUGCCUCCAUGCAGUCGGAAUUGGCAGCCCUGCAGCCGGAACUAAUAGUUGCCAGUGCAGCAGUGGAUGACAUGAUGAUAGUCAUUGAAAAAGAAUCCAUUGAGGUCUCAAGAACAGAGGAAAUUGUAAAAGCUGAUGAAAUCAUUGCAAAUGAUCAAGCCAUGGCAGCAAAGGCAAUUAAAGAUGAAUGUGAUGCUGAUCUGGCAAAAGCAUUACCAGUUUUGGAGGCUGCACUUGCUGCCCUGGACACUCUUACUACACAGGAUAUUACUGUGAUGAAAUCUAUGAAGAGCCCACCAGCCGGUGUAAAAUUGGUUAUGGAGGCAGUUUGUAUUUUGAAAGGAAUAAAGCCAGACAGAAUUCCAGAUCCUACUGGGUCAGGUAAAAAGAUUGAAGAUUUCUGGGGCCCAGCCAAAAAGGUACUAGGUGACAUGAAGUUUUUGCAAUCUCUCCAUGAAUACGACAAGGACAAUAUUCCUCCAGCAUACAUAAAUGUCAUUCGGAAUAAAUACAUAACUAAUCCAGAAUUUGUUCCAGAAAAGAUUCGUAAUGCAUCCACUGCAGCCGAGGGUCUUUGCAAAUGGGUCAUUGCAAUCGACUCUUAUGAUAAAGUAGCUAAAGUUGUGGCUCCCAAGAAAGCAAAGCUAGCUUUGGCUGAAGGUGAAUUGAAAAUAGCAAUGGAUGGGCUAAGAAAAAAGCAAGCUGCACUUAAAGAAGUGCAAGACAAGCUUGAAAAAUUGCAGGAACAAUUGGAAACAAAUAAACAAAAGAAAACAGAUCUGGAAAAUCAGGUUGAUUUGUGCAGUAAAAAACUGCACCGUGCUGAUCAGCUCAUUGGUGGACUUGGUGGUGAGAAAACACGUUGGAAUCAGACAGCCAAAAAUCUAGGACAACAAUACACUAAUCUGACUGGUGAUAUCCUGAUUUCUUCAGGAAUUGUAGCAUAUCUUGGGGCCUUUACAUCGAUCUAUAGACAGCGGCAAGCAGAAAAAUGGGUUGAGAAGUGCAAAAAAAUGCUCAUUCCAUGUUCCGAUGAUUUGUCUCUGACCACAAAUCUGGGCGACCCUGUAAAAAUCCGAGCCUGGAAUAUUGCUGGAUUACCUUCUGAUAACUUUUCCAUUGAUAAUGCCAUUAUCAUAUCUAAUUCUCGAAGGUGGCCGCUGAUGAUAGAUCCUCAAGGGCAGGCAAAUAAGUGGGUAAAAAAUAUGGAAAAAGCUAACAGUCUUCAUGUAAUUAAGCUCACUGAUGCUGACUUUGUGAGAACUUUAGAAAACUGCAUUCAGUUUGGCACACCUGUUUUGUUGGAAAAUGUUGGUGAGGAGCUGGAUCCCAUCUUGGAACCUUUGCUACUUAAACAAACAUUCAAGCAAGGUGGAUCCAUAUGCAUUCGACUAGGUGACUCGACAAUUGAAUAUGCCCCAGAUUUUCGCUUUUACAUCACAACUAAAUUGAGAAAUCCCCAUUACCUCCCAGAAACAUCUGUCAAGGUGACACUGCUAAACUUCAUGAUUACUUCUGAGGGGAUGCAAGACCAACUUCUGGGUAUUGUAGUGGCAAGAGAAAGGCCAGACUUGGAAGAUGAGAAGCAGGCUUUAAUUUUACAAAGUGCAGAAAACAAAAGGUUGCUAAAAGAAAUUGAAGAUAAAAUUCUGGAAAUUCUCUCAACCUCAGAAGGAAAUAUUUUAGAAGAUGAAACUGCCAUAAAGGUUUUAUCUUCAUCAAAAGAACUUGCUAAUGAAAUAACUCAGAAACAAACUGUAGCUGAGGAGACAGAAAAGAAGAUUGAUGCUACUCGAAUGGGCUAUAGACCAAUUGCAAUACAUUCUUCAAUCCUGUUUUUCUCAAUUGGUGAUCUUGGCAAUAUAGAGCCCAUGUACCAGUAUUCCCUUAAUUGGUUUAUCAACCUGUUUAUCAUGGCGAUUGAAAAUUCAGAAAAAUCUGAUGACUUAUCAGAAAGGUUGCAGAUACUCAGGAAAUAUUUCACAUACUCAUUGUACGUGAAUGUGUGUCGAUCGCUCUUUGAAAAGGACAAGCUGCUCUUUUCACUUUGCUUGGCUAUAAACUUAUUAAAGCAUGAUGGUCUGAUUGAAGAGCAGGAGUGGACCUUUUUGCUGACAGGUGGAAUUGGCUUGGAUAAUCCCUACGAGAACCCAUUAGACUGGCUUCCUAAAACAUCUUGGGAUGAGUUCUGCCGACUUGAUGAAAUUCCAGAGUUCUCAGGCAUUCAGAGGGAGUUUGUGGUUUUGUCAGAUGGAUGGAAGGCUGUGUAUGACAGCAUGGAGCCACAUCAUGAGAUAUUUCCUGGUCAAUGGGAAGAUAAACUAGGGAACUUUCAAAGGAUGCUUGUAAUUCGUUGUUUGAGGCCUGACAAGUUUAUUCCAAUGGCUCAAGAAUAUGUAACUGAUGUUCUUGGUCGACAAUUCAUUGAACCCCCUCCAUUUGAUUUGGGCAGUGCUUUUGGUGACAGCAAUUCGACUGCUCCACUUAUAUUUAUCUUGUCACCUGGUGCUGACCCAAUGGCUGCUCUUCUCAAAUUUGCUGAAGAUCAGGGCUUUGGCGGAUCCAAAUUGAGCUCUUUGUCCCUUGGACAGGGUCAAGGACCAAUAGCUAUGAAUAUGAUUGAGAUGGCAGUGAAGCAAGGUUCUUGGGUAGUAUUACAAAACUGUCAUUUAGCAACAUCAUGGAUGCCAACAUUAGAAAGAGUUUGUGCGGAACUGAAUCCAGAGACUACACAUCCUGAUUUUAGACUGUGGCUGACCAGCUAUCCUUCUUCAAAUUUCCCAGUUUCUGUUCUGCAGAAUGGAGUAAAAAUGACCAACGAAGCCCCAAAGGGACUUCGACCCAAUAUUAUCCGAUCGUACCUUAUGGAUCCUAUUUCUGAUCCAGAGUUCUUUGGCAGCUGCACAAAGCCGGCUGAAUUUAAAAAGCUUCUCUAUGGUCUAUGCUUCUUCCAUGCACUGGUUCAGGAAAGACGAAAAUUUGGACCACUAGGAUGGAAUAUUCCAUACGAGUUCAAUGAAACUGACUUGCGAAUUAGCGUACAACAGCUUCACAUGUUUCUUGACCAAUAUGAGGAAAUCCCCCUUGAUGCUUUACGAUACAUGACUGGUGAAUGCAACUAUGGCGGCAGAGUGACAGAUGACUGGGACCGGCGCACGCUGCGCUCAAUCCUUAAUAAAUUCUACAACAAAGAAAUUACAUCAAACCCAAAAUACACAUUUGAUUCAAGUGGUAUUUAUUAUCCACCUGCAGAAGGAGAGUACAUCAGCUACAUUGAAUACACUAAGAGCCUUCCUUUGAACCCGACACCAGAAAUAUUCGGAAUGCACACCAAUGCAGAUAUCACGAAAGAUCAAUCUGAGACCCAAACUCUGUUCAACAGCAUCCUACUUACUCAGUCUCGAACCACUGGCACAGCUGGAAAGUCAACCGAUGAGGUUGUUUUUGAGGUUUCAACGGAUAUCCUUAGUAGGCUGCCUGCAGACUUUGACAUUGAGGCAGCUAUGAGGAAAUACCCAACAACAUACAACCAAAGCAUGAACACUGUACUGGUGCAAGAGAUGGGUCGUUUUAACAUAUUACUCAGAACAAUUAGAGAAUCCUGCAUCAACAUACAGAAGGCUAUUAAGGGACUCGUGGUGAUGUCAGCUGAAUUGGAAGAGGUGGUGAAGAGUAUGCUGACAGGAAAAAAUCCAGCGAUGUGGAUGAAUAAAUCAUAUCCUAGUCUCAAGCCACUUGGUAGCUACAUGCGUGACUUCUUAGACAGACUGAGAUUCUUGCAGGACUGGUUUGAAGUUGGACCUCCUCCUGUCUUCUGGUUGUCAGGUUUUUUCUUCACUCAAGCUUUUUUGACAGGCGGACAGCAGAACUAUGCCAGAAAAUAUACCAUUCCCAUUGACCUGCUCACAUUUGACUAUGAAGUACUAAAAGACAAAGCACAUAUGCAUCCACCAGAAGAUGGUGUCUACGUAAGAGGCCUCUUUCUAGAUGGAGCACGCUGGGACAGGAAUAAGAAAAAACUGGCAGAAUCCUAUCCCAAAAUCCUCUAUGACACGAUGCCUGUGAUGUGGCUGAAGCCUUGUAAGAAGUCUGAAAUUGCACCACACCCAGUUUACAUCUGUCCAGUUUACAAGACCAGUGAAAGAAGGGGUACACUGUCCACAACUGGACAUUCCACAAACUUUGUGAUUGCAAUGCGAAUCCCCACUGAUCAGCCUUCUGAACACUGGAUUGGCCGUGGAGUUGCUCUGCUCUGUCAACUUAGUUCUUAAUAAUGUUCUUACCUGCAUU